UGUGUGUGUGUGUGUGUGUGUGUGUGUGUGUGAACCGUACAUGUGUGUACAUGUGUUUGAGUGUGCUUUGUCAGAAAAGUUGAAUCUGCAUGCUCACUGCUUGUCCUGUUUUGCAGCGCGAGAAACGUCAGAGCAAAGUGAUGAAGUCAGUGCUGAAGAUAACAGAGUACCAUGUGCAGUGUGUGGUGGUGUCUCGCUAUGCCCACACCACGGUCCACAGCAGUGUGUGGAACCAGCUGUCCACCAUUAAAGAGGCGGCCUUCGAGGUGGACCUGCCCUCCGCAGCCUUCAUCUCCAACUUCAGCAUCACCUCCAAUGGCAAAGAGUAUGUUGGCCAGGUAACAGAGCGCACUGCAGCCAGGAAGAUCUACGAUGCAGCAAAGAAGCAGGGCAAGACAGCAGGGCUGGUGGCCACCAAAGAGCGCGAGAUGGAGAAGUUCCGAGUAGCGGUCAGUGUGCCGCCUGGGGCGCGCAUGUCCUUCACCCUGGUGUACGAGGAGCUGUUGUCACGGCGACUGGGUCGCUAUGAGCUGGCCCUGGGAUUACGUCUGGGUCAGCCAGUGCAGAACCUCACAGUGGACGUCAGCAUCAGCGAGCCCAGUGGAAUCAGCUUCAUCAAGGCCCUACCUCUGCGCACCAGCCGACUGCUCACAAAGACAGGCGAUGGUGAGUCCCCAGCAUCCACGCAGGUGCAGCAGCGCUCCCAGUGUGCCCGUGUGCGCUACAGCCCCACCCCUCAGCAGCAGCUCAGCUCCAACCCCAAAGGCCUCAGCGCAGACUUCAUCAUCCACUACGACAGUGAGCACAAGGACCUGAUGGGAGACAUCCAGGUGCAUGAUGGAUAUUUUGUCCAUUAUUUCGCUCCACGGGAUCUUCCUGUGGUGCCCAAAGAUGUCAUAUUUGUCAUUGACAUCAGCGGCUCAAUGAUCGGCGUCAAGAUGAAGCAGACCAAGCAGGCCAUGUUCACCAUCCUGGCGGACCUUAGGGAGGGUGACUUCUUCAACAUCAUCACCUUCUCGGAUAAAGUCCACACGUGGAGGAAGGGACGCACUGUCCAGGCCACGCGUCACAACAUUCGUGACGCCAAAGAUUUCAUCAGGAAGACCAAUGCUGAGGGCUGGACCAACAUCAAUGCGGCACUGUUGUCUGCUGCUCAGCUGCUGAACCCCUCCUCUUCCUCUCCCCCGUCCCGAUCCUCUCCUUCCUCGCGCCGCGUGCCCCUCAUCAUCUUCCUCACUGACGGGGAGGCCACCAUCGGCGUGACGGCCGGCGACACCAUUCUCCGCAACGCACAGUCUGCCCUGGGCUCGGCCACGCUCUUCGGCCUGGCGUUUGGCGAUGACGCCGACUACCUGCUGCUGAGGCGCCUGGCACUGGAGAACCGUGGUGUGGCACGCAUGGUGCACGAGGACGCGGACGCCGCACUCCAGCUGACCGGCUUUUACCACGAGGUGGCCAGUCCGCUACUCUCCGACGUGCAGCUGGCCUAUCUGGAGCCCCGCGCAGAGCAGCUCACACGCACCCUCUUCCCACACUACUUCAAGGGCUCGGAGUUGGUGGUGGUGGGGCGUCUGAAGCGUGGAGCCCAGCAGGUGAAGGUGGCACUGUCGGCCAGCAAUGCCAAACAGAAGAUGCGCGUGGAGCGAGAGCUGGAAGCACCAGCGGCGGCCACUAACGGGGAGGCCUCUACGGAGCCCACCUGCCCAGGCGUGGGGCCCAGCGGGGCCAGCUUCGUACGCAGGCUGUGGGCGUACUUCACCAUCAAGGAGUUGCUGCUGGCGCGCACCAACAGCAGCGAGGUGGGCAUGCAGCGGCUGCUCACCGAGAAGGCCACCAACCUCUCGCUGGCGUACAACUUUGUCACGCCCGUCACCUCGCUGGUGGUGGUCAAGCCAGACGUGGACGAGGCGCCCACACCCAAACCGACCACAUCGGCGCCCUCGUCCUCGUCUUCCACGACCACCACGUCCAGCACAUCGUCUAGCGCCACCUCUGCCCGCACCACCACCACCACACAGAGCCCCGUGGCCCGGAUGCCCAGCCCCAGCCCCAAAGCUGCGGUGCCCCCGUCCAGCAGGCACCCUCGACCGACCCUCACCCUGCCCCCCCGGCCUCAGCCGCCUCCUGGCCUCCACACCACUGGACACCCCUCUGGCCCUGCCGCUCCCCCGGCGGCCCCCCCGUCUGCUCCCCCGUCACCUCGGCGGACCACCACUGUCCCCACGAGCCCUUCCCUCUCCAGUAAGCCCACCAGUGCAGCUCUGGCCUCCCUGGUCAAAACGACAGCUGCCCCCAGCACCGCCGCACCUGACAAAACCACGCCGGCCCCCAGCUCAGCUCCUCCGUCCAACAAAGACACGUCCACCGCGGGCCCCAACGAGGGCACCAUGGCUGACGCGGACCCCCAGCAGCCGCCCGCAGCUCAGCCCUCGGACUCGGACAACGUCCCCGACGUUGACCUCGACAUUGCCACCCUGGUGGCCGCCACCUUCAUGCCGAUGCCGGGAGUAACGAAUGCUCCCAAGCCGUGGGAGGCCGUAGGACUGUUAGAUGUCUCCACUGCAAUCCAGGUGCAGGAGAAAGAUAUGGACCAGGCCAAAGAUUAUGAAGCUACUUAUGACUAUGAUUAUGACUACGACCACCACCAUGAACUUGGUUUUGAGGCCUGGGACCAGAACGCCUCUCUGGACAGCCCAACUACUCUCAGCUCUGUCAGAGUUUUCUCAUCCUCAGUGGACGGAGAUCCCCACUUUGUGGUGCAGCUGCCCAAACUGCAGCAGAAUCUGUGUUUCACCAUCGAUGGCAAUCCCAGUGAUGUGCUGCGACUAGUGGAGGACCCAGAGAAAGGCAUUAUUGUGGACGGACGUCUUUUCCUGGCCCCUUCCAAACAGGGUGUGGAGGACCGCACACGCACCUACUUUGACCAGAUCACCAUGACAGCAGCAGGCUACUUCCUCACCAUGACUAUGGAUGCCAUUGCAGUCGAAAAGGAUGAGCUCGUGAUCCUGCCGACCAAUCGGUCAGGUUCAGUGACGCGGCCAGGCCUGAGGGUUGUUAUGGACACCCAUGAGGGAUGCUGGGUGGAGGUGGGUGGAGACGUACGCUUCUUGGUGCUCUUCCAUCACUACCAUCACCCCAGCUACUUGCAGAUGCCACACCUGGGCUUCUACAUCGCUAACGGCCGAGGCCUCUCCGCCCUCACGCAAGGGCUGCUGGGUCAGUUCCAGCACAUGCACCUGGAGGUUGUGCCGCUGGGGGGUGACGACGCAGACGUAGCCCAGCAGAGGCAUCCGAGGCCGGGGGCAGCUGCGGUCGGGGAGCCCUUGGGCCUCCUCAAGCUCGGGGACCUGCUGCUGGCCGUCUCCCUGCAGGACAAGCGGCUGAAGGACUCGGUGGGCAAGAGGCACGACGCCCAGUGCUGGGUGCUGCCCAAGCUACUGGUGGAGAGGCUACUGGGACACCCGUACGACAGCUAUGUGGUGGAGCGUGUGUGAGGGGAAGCUGACACUGUCAGACCCCAGGGGGCCAGGAGCUCACAAAGCGGGGAGGGGGGUGGCAGUGGGCAUGUGGGGGCACCAAAAAUGACCGUAUGAAAGGACACUGGGACAUUACAGUGCUCAUGGACACAUAUGCUGCUCAUACAGGCUUACAUACAACACUAUGUAUCCACUCCUCCUUGGCCAAAGAUAGAAUGUAAGCCAGAGAUAUGCAGAGGGUAAGAUAGAGUGAGAUAGAAAGAGAGGAAAGCAACAAUGAGGAAGUGUAUAUGGCACAAAAAGACAGGGUUGAACUAUUGGGGAGGUUAGCGGUGACAUGGAAGUACUUAGGUUGGGUGUAAUGGAUAUGGGUCUGGAGCUUUAGUCUGCUGUCAUGGAGAAUGUAAAGAAGCUCCUACUUAUCAAAUGCGUAGGUUCUUCAAAGGCAUGUUCCACAUCUCCACCUCAUCAAUGACCAUCUGUUGACAUUUGUAGCGUCAGUGUUAUUGACCAGGUUUGCAUAAAUGUGUAUCUGUAUAAUACGUUCUCAAGGAAACAAAGAGAAUAGAAGCUGUUCAUAUCUUAAACCCAAAGGUCACAGCUCAAGCCCAAAAAGAAAUACACUCCUUAUCAAAAUGUCUUUGUAACAUUUAUAUUUAACAUGUAUAAAGGUUUUGUUACCAUAUUCA